CAUACACACAUGGGACAUUGGGAGUGGUUGGCUUCAGGCUGGUAACAACAGGGGAUCAGGAAACAGACUUGGAGUUUAUGAUUCUGAGAAUAAAGCCUCAAGGAAGGAUCUUAUCCCAUUAGAGAACAAGUGCUUGUAUAUUACAGUCUCUAACACUCUGCUAAGAAAACUUUAUAGUAAUCCGCAGAUAUUUUCAUUGUGAAUUUAGUGAUACGUCAAUAUUAUUAUUUUAAAUUGUGGAUAUCAAAGCAGUGUUACAUGUGCGGGAACUUGUAUUUGGUUCAUUGAGACUAGGGUCCUUGGAUUUGACAGUGCUGAUUGGAGACAAUAUUUUAAAAGACAUAUUUUCAGGUAUUCAGCUAUUGUGAAUAGUAACGAAAAUAAGGAUUCUAAAUCAGAUAAUGACGACUUUUAAAUGAUAAAAAUAGAAUAAGGCUACAGACAAUAACACUACAUUUCAUAAAAUGGACAAAAUGGAUAUAAAACUGAUUAUCUUCUUCCUGGUUGUGGCAUUUGAUAUUACAAUCGCUCAGAAUAUCAGUGUGUCAAUGAACAAUAUCAGUGUGUCAGCACAGAAUAAUGACACACAACCUUCAGAUGAGAUGACUGACUUGAUCACUGGAAUAAUGGACAAUGGUAAAGUACUAUUAAACAUAACUUCAAGCAAUAAAACACUUAAGGUGGAGGGCUCUAUAGGUAUAACAACUACGCCUCCCAAUGAUUUACCACAAAGCACAACUAAGAAGCCCAAUAGCACAACUGAUAGCAUAAGCACAACUUAUUUAAGCACAACUGCAAAAUCUAGCACACCUGUUGCUAUGGCAAAGUCUCCUAUCCCCAAAAGAAAGGUUCUGCUUGUCAUUGAGUCAAAAUUCAAUAUGACUAAUUAUACAGAUAUGACUAAUUAUACAGAUGGUACUUGGACAGUAGGUGAUAGUCAUAUUGAGAGUAUAUCAAAUUCUAAUACUUCAUUUGAAGUACCUGCUAACACAAAUGAUUCUGUUAACAUAAAUGCUUCAGUUGCUAACAUAAAUGCUUCUGGGGCUAACAUAAAUGUUUCAGGCACUAAUAUAAAUGCUUCAGAGGCUAACAUAAAUGCCUCAGAGGCUAACAUAAAUGCUUUGGCUGCUAACAUGAAUAAUGCUUCACUCUCUAAUAUAAAUGCUAAUAAAAACUUUGAUACAAAUGCUACUAAUGACUUUGACAUAAAUGUUGCUGAAUCAGCAAAUAAAGAUACUACUACUCGCUCUAAUAUAAAUGCUACUAAUGGUUCAGACAUUAAUGCUACUUAUAAAGAUGACAAUGUAGACAACCAUACAGCUAGUGAAAACACUACUGAAGUUUUUUGUGUUGAAUUCCCGGGUAUGUAUUAUUUAAGUUCAAAUUUAUUUUGAUUUUGUCCCUGUUGGCAAUCAUAGAAUCUGAAUGGUUUGCAUGUCACGCAUGGAGAUAGAAAGUUACUUUUUGCUCCU